AUGAAAGGACACAAUGGUCAUUACUGAACUAGAGAGAAUGGACCAAUGGAGAGACGAGCUGGAAGUAAAGGUGAAGCUUAAGAUGCUCAUUACAGAGAGACAUGCAAGGGAAGAUAGACUUCCAAUGAAGAAACAAGGCUGUGAGAUUGAAGCAGUGGGCAUCAACUACAAGAUCUACUACCCCCACCAAAGAGGAAGAAGAUCUAGUUACCCAUUUAAGAUCCUCAGCACCACCAGCAGAGAACAAGAAGCUGAGCAGCUCGAACCAGAAACCAAAGAGUUCCGGCACGUUCUCAAGAACGUUACUUGCAGAGCCAAACCAUGGGAGAUCCUCGCUAUCGUCGGGCCAAGCGGUGCCGGCAAGUCUACCCUUCUAGAAAUCCUCGCAGGUCGACUUACCCCUCAAACCGGCUCCUUCCUCGCCAACCAGAAACCCAUCGACAAACCCCACUUUAAGAAAAUCUCCGGCUACGUCACCCAAAGAGACACCCUCUUCCCCCUCCUCACCGUCGAAGAAACUCUUCUGUUCAGUGCUAAGCUCCGGCUCAACCUCGAACCGGCCGAUUUAAUCUCCCGGGUCAAGUCCCUGAUGGACGAGCUUGGCUUAACCCACGUUGCAUCAACCCGGAUCGGAGAUGAGCUGGUUCGCGGCAUCUCCGGCGGCGAGAGGCGCCGCGUGUCAAUCGGCGUUGAUGUGAUCCACGACCCAAAAGUCUUGAUCCUCGACGAACCAACCUCAGGGCUUGACAGCACCUCAGCGUUGCAAAUCAUAGAUAUGUUGAAGACCAUGGCCGAGACACGCGGUCGGACCAUAAUCCUGAGCAUCCAUCAACCCGGGUUCAGAAUCGUGAAGCUGUUCAACUCCAUCCUCUUGAUGGCUGACGGUGCCGUUUUGUAUCACGGCACCGUCGACUAUCUGGGUUUGCAUUUGCGCUCCUUGGGUCUUCAGUUACCUCUUCAAGUCAACAUCGUUGAGUUCGCUAUUGACGCCGCCGUCGAAACACUCCGACUGCCACUAUCGUCACAACAACCGCCGCGAAAUCGGAGCGGUAAUUCUACGUUACAGCAACUCUUCCUACUGUCUAAGGUGGCCGAUAAGGAAAUCGCAGUUAAUGCUCGAAUCGAUCUUCCUCACAGGUUUGCUAAUUCGAGAUUGAAAGAGACCAUGAUACUCACAAACAGGUUUUCCAAGAACGUGUAUAGAACGAAGGAGCUCUUCGCUUGCAGAACGGUUCAGAUGCUGAUCGCAGGGCUAGUAUUAGGUUCCAUCUUUCAUAAUCUCAAAGAUGACCUCUCAGGUGCUGAAGAGAGGGUGGGUUUGUUUGCAUUCUUAUUGACCUUCCUGCUGUCCUGCUGCACAGAAGCUCUCCCCAUCUUUCUCCAAGAGAGGGUGAUCUUCAUGAAGGAGACCUCAUGUGGGAGCUACAGAGUCUCAUCUUAUGUGAUAGCUAAUGGGCUAGUUUUUCUGCCAUUUCUGCUAAUCUUGGCCUUCUUGUUCUCUGCUCCUCUGUAUUGGCUAGUGGGUCUGAACCCAAGCUUCACGGCUUUCAUGUAUUUUGUGCUACUGAUCUGGUUGAUUCUGUAUACGGCCAACUCGGUUGUGGUGUGUUGCAGUGCCCUGAUGCCGAAUUUCAUAGUGGGGAAUUCUGUGAUUUCAGGGGUGAUGGGAUCUUUCUUUUUGUUUUCUGGGUAUUUCAUACCAAAGAGUGGGAUGCCCAAGUAUUGGGUUUUUAUGCAUUAUCUGUCUCUGUUUAAGUAUCCUUUUGAAGGGUUUUUGAUAAAUGAGUUUUCUGGGAAGGGGAAGUGCUUGGAAUACAUGCUUGGUGAAUGUGUGAUGACUGCAGAGGAUGUGAUGAGGGAAGAAGGGUUUGGGGAAGAGAGUAGAUGGAGAAAUGUGGUGAUCAUGGUUUGCUUCAUCUUGGUUUACAGAUUCAUCUCUUAUGUUGUCCUUAGGUGUAGGUGUUCUUGCAGAAGUAUCAAGGGAGGCUUUGCUUGAAUCAAACAUGAGGAAUUUGCCAAAAAGAAUAAGAAAAUAAGUUAACGGAUGGAUUUUUGGAUUAUAGUUCAAAAGAAUGAAAAAAUAGAAAAAGAAAGAAAUGUAAUACAAAAAUCACAUUUACUGAUUGAUUCACCAACAUCUUUCUCUCUCUUUCUGUUCUUUCCACAGUAUCCUCUUUCACAUGUGAAGGAAAGGUUGUUGUCUUUGGUUUGUACACUCAUGGAAUUGACAACAAUGAAUGUGUUCUUGUUUUUUAUA